AGCCACUUGCUGAAGCCGUUCCGGGUCGGGCCUCGCUCACGCUGGUCCCCGUCGGGCCCCCCUUCUCCAGGUGGCGCCAAUGAGGGCCGGCUCUGCAGCCGCGCUGCUCUUGGCCUCGGCGGCCGCUGCCGCCUCUCCUGUGGUGGUGCCCUUCUCCCUAUCGGACGCGGAGGGGCGAGACCUGGUCGCCGAGGCGGCGGCCCUGGAGCCUCCCCACGGCCUAAGCGGCAGCGGGCAGGGCGCCCGCCACGUCUGGGCGGCCCUCUCGCCGACCCCGCCGCUGCGGCUACAGUUCGAGGCGCACGGGCGCUCGCUGGACUUCCGGCUGUACCGGACUCCCCCCGUGUUCGCCAGCGACGCCGUGGUGGUGGCCAGGGGCUUGGAGCUGCCGCUGGCGGCCAAGCAGCCCGUGUUCCGCAGCAGGGACCACACCGCCAUGCUGACUGCCGUGGGGAGGCGCAUACUCGGCGCGGUCCGGAUCGGGAGCGAGCUGCUCGAGAUCGAGGCGGACUCCAUCGCCGGAACGCUGACCGUCAACGGGCUGUCCAGCGGCGGCGAGCGCUCGGCUACCGCGUGGAAUGUGACGGGAUCUGGUGGGCGCCGCUUGGAAUUCGCCCCCGACCAGAUCGAACAGUGGACUGACUGCUACACGAACGACGCGUCGACCCGCGCCAUGUCCAUGGGCGUGGCUGUCGGGACCCGCCUGUACACCACGGAAGGGAUACUGGACAGCGUCGACGAGACCUUAGAUUGGCUGCAGUCCAUCUUCGCGUUUGCGAACAUGAUUUACACUCCCCAGCUUAAUUUCGUUCUGACAAUCUCGGACGUCUACAUCCCAGCUGCGAGCGGGGAGACCGUGUCCUGGGACGACUGCACCCUGGGGAUAGAUUCUCAGCUUGCCGAGUUCAGCAAGUGGAACCAGCGCUCCAGGCAGGGCCUGUGGCACCUCUUCGACAAUUGCCAUGACCUGAAUCCUGGACCCAUCGGCCUCGCCAACGUCGGGACUACGACCGCGGGCGUCUGUGAGAUGGACAGGCGGUGCUAUGUCAUCAGCUCAGGCGCCCCCUGCGUCGAGAGCUACUCCAACACCGGCGUAUCGUGGUAUUCUGACAGCACUUGGAAGACUUUCGCCCACGAGGUCGGCCACAACUUCGGUGCCAAUCACGCUUUCGAGAAUGGGCAGGGGAGUACAGGAGGCAUAAUGGAUUAUGGGGACGGCACUCUCAACGGCAUCUUCCAGUUCAACACAGAAUUCACGAAAGAUGAUAUUUGCACUGUAAUAUCCCACCGUGUCGAUCAGGAUUGCGAGGCCAUUACAAGGUACGUGGCCGUGUGUGGGGACGGGAUGGUCGAUGCGGCCGAGGAGUGCGAAUGUGACACGGGCACCAGCUGCGCCUUUUGUGAGGACUGCUUGCUGGCAGAGGGGAAGGAGUGCACUCCAGACGGUAGCGACUCACAGUGCUGCACUUCAACCGGGUUCUUCGAGUCAAUCGCUACUCAAUGCACAAUGCCUGGGGGAGCAGGCACUGGGUUCUGCCAGCUCGGCACAUGCCAGGACACCUGGUGCACGAACAUCGAUCAUCCGUCAUUGGGAGAUUUCUGUGGCCUGCAUCCUGAUAACGAGUGCAAGGUGAACUGCCUGCUCAAUGGCGACUGCAACGCGUUGGAUGAUUAUACAUGGCUGGAAACUGGAGCUCCGAUCAACCACAGGGAGGAUGGAGGCUUGUGCAGCGGUGGCGCAGGGAUCUGUAUUUUCGGUGCGUGUGUGAUCGGGGCAAGGGCCACAACCUCUGGGUGUGCCUGCGAGCAGUCGUGGUCUGGCGAGGAGGGAAGCUGCGAGGACUACUGCUGCAAUCCCGACAACGAUCCCGGUGGCGAAUGGUGCUACACGGCCGACAGUUGUAGUGGCUUGGAUUGGGGAUAUUGCGCUGCCGAUUCCAGGAGUGUGGCUGCCACUCCCAGCACGACGAUGCCCUCGCUAUCGCCCACGGCGGCGCCCACCCCUGGCAGCACCACUGGCGGCGGAGGAGGCGCCACGCCGACGCCGACCCCGACUUUGGAUCCCGGCGCCCCGGGGGGCGACCCCGACGCGGACGCGGAGAUCGACCAGGCCCCGCGCUCGGUGGGGCUCGGAGCCUCCGCGCUCCUUGCAGUUGCCGCGGGCGCCGCUGCGGCUGGCCGUUGGUGAGCGAGGUCUGGACAGGGGCGCUCCCUGGCAGCACCAGUGGGGCAUGCCUCCCUGCCUCUACGUGUGCAGCCAGUGCCGCGGAAAGGAAGAUGCACUUCCCACAGGUGCUUCCCAGAGGUUUCGUUCACUCUGGGUCUGGGAGCGCCUAGAGGUGCCUGUGCCAUCUGGCUGGCUCGAAGACGAUACCCCGCUCCCUGACUUCCGCAUCCUGAGAGUACUCAUCGCUGGUAUGGGCUGUGCUCUUUUUACUCUGUCUCGACGUGCUUGCAGAACUGCCUCGGCGGGCAUCUCCAGGAACGCCUCCUAGGGCCCAGCGCACCCUGCUGCCCUGGGGGUGUUCGUCACGAAACGGGCUCCGGGGUCAACAUACCUCGGUGUUACCUUCUCAAGGUAGUUCCUGGGAUAAUUGCCCCAGGGUUUGUCCAUGCUGACCACCCAGUGGCGCGACCACGGCAAGGACCUGGCGCCGCUACUCCAGACGACCUGCGGAGGCCUGCACACAAGUUGUGCCUCUGUUUGCGCGCAUGUGGCUUGAGCCACAUAAGCUCACAGUAUCAUCGGGCGGUCUGUGACACUUCCGGGGAUAUGUUUUAUUUCGCUCGGCACCCAAGAGAGGCGCUGGGCGACAGAACUCGCACGCGACACGCUGCAGAUUGCGAUACAAUUUUUCGCCCACCUCGCUCUUGGCAGCUGAGGCGGAGCAUCGGACACCAUGGCCGCAGUGAACUUUGUCGUAGGGAGUCUUCCGAAUUUAUGUGGUGCCAGUUGAAAGGAAUCUCUCCUGGGCCCACUCCUCUUCAUGUGAUCGAGCGUUUGCCCAGGUGGACGGCGCGAGCGACCAGUUCAUCUGCCCGAUCUGCGGGUUCUGGCUAUC